GUUGUAUUCAUCAGAUCUGUGUGGAGCUUUAGAAGACACAGAGAGAGAGAGAAAGGUCUUCUUCUUCUUCUUCUUCUUCCUCCAACGUAAAAGGAAAAAAAAACAGAAAACAAACCAGAAUCCAAUUAUAUAUAUAUAUAUAUAUAUGUCUUCUUCUUCCUUCCGAUAUAUAUUACAUCUGGAUCAGGAAUUUCGUCAAACACGUCGUGAGCAUCUUCCAGCUAACCGAUCCUUGCGUAGAAUCUGAAAAAGGAAACUGGAAAAUAAAGCGUAGCUGAGAUAUAUAUAUAUAUAUUCAUUUGAGCAUCUCUGUGUGUGUUCUACCUGUCGUCACAAAGAAACGUUGCCGGAGAAGCUCCCGUUUUUGUGAUUUCGUAAAAUCUGUAAGUUUCUUAGACACAGAUCUUUGCAUUUGAUGAUCCCUUCCAACAGAUCAGGUCCGCCAUGUUGGAUGCAUAUAUAGAAACGUUAAUAGGAAGACAUAAUUCGAAUCAUACCGGAAGACAAUUUUGGGGGAAGCAGUUCUAUUGUGUAGGCUGUGAGAUGGAAACAAAAGGCUUAAAUUAGCCGUAACAGUUUUUUUUUUUUUUUUAAAGUUACAAAUUUGGGUGGAUCGGAAUUUUUCGCCGACGAAUUCUUCUUCUAGGUUUUGGAUCGGAGUCUUAAUGGCAUCGUCAUGCUCCACUUGAUCGCUUUGUUCUAUAGAACUACUUCCUUUGGCAUUAUUUGAUCCUCGCGCGGUGUGAUUUUUUUUAUCUCGUUUUGGAUUGAUGGCUUCGGCUUCUCAGUUCCUGCUGGAGGAUCAAACGGAUGAGGAUUUCUUCGACAAGCUUGUUGAUGAUGCCUUUUCUCCCACCCAAGCUCAGGCUUCAUCCUCUGCCUCAGAGCUGAAAUUCGACUACGGAAGUGACUCCGAUGACACCAGAGCUUUUUCUAAUCUCUCCAUUGCCAAAGAUCCUGUGGCUGAUGGAGUUGACACAUUGAAUGAGGGCGCAAGUAGUUCCCUGGGAAUAGACGACGAUCCUUCCUCCACUGCCCUGGAACCUGUUCAAUUUGUCAACAGUGAUGCAAGAGAUGAUGAAAUGAGAUCAGAGGUAGCUGAGAUUCCACUAUCUGAUUCAGCAAAAGAAAGCAAGCUAGUUAAUGAGCCCGGGAUUCCUGGGGUUAAGGAGCUUGAUUGGGGUUCGUUUGAUGCCGAUUUAUCUGUUAAUGACGGUCGUGGUUUUGGUUCAUACUCUGAUUUCUUCACUGAGUUGGAUGCAACUGCAGGAAGUUUACAGGGAAAGGCACAAGUUGCUGUGGCCACCGGGGGAAACUUGGUAUUUAAUGAUACAAUGAACACAAGAGAUGGUUUAGAUAAUUCCCCAGGUUCUGACCAACAUCAGGGUCAAGUGCAUCACGAUUCUGCAAGUGGGCAGUACGUGGAUAAUAGUCAAUCUUGGGAAAAUCUCUAUCCUGGAUGGAAAUAUGAUGAAAGUACUGGCCAAUGGUAUCAAGUUGAUGGUCAUGAUGCAAGCAUGAAUUCACAGGAGGGCUAUGAAAUCUCAACAACGAGUAACUGGGAUAACAUUUCUGCUAAUAACUUGGAUGUUGCUUAUCAGAGACAGAGUACAACUUCCGCAGUGGCUGGCACAGUUGAGAAUGUGUCUACUUGGAACCAGGUUUCACAAGUGAACAAUGGGUAUCCGGAACACAUGGUCUUUGACUCCCAAUAUCCGGGAUGGUACUAUGACACAAUUGCUCAAGAAUGGCGCUCUCUGGACAGCUACAACCAGGCUUUUCAAACUACUGGUCAAGCUAAUGAUCAGCAUGUUCAGAAUGGCAAUUCUCUUGCAGCUAUGUACCAUAAUAGAGAGAGUAACGUACAUGAUGUUUACGAUAAAAAGCAGACACUCAGAACGCAAGAAUUUGAUAUCCAGAGCCAACAUGGAAAUUGGGAUCAAUCGUACUAUGCCAACAAUCAGCAGACUACAAACACUUGGCAAUCAGAAAAUGCAGGUAACGCCGAGGCGGCUGUAACUUCUGCAUCAUUAUCAAACUUCGGAGGGAACCAGCAAGUAAAUAAUUUGUACAGUACAGGAUCUGUGGCUGAACAGUUAAAGCCAAAUGAGAUUGGCGUUGAGAGCUUCAUCCCUCAGCAUACGAAUUUGGCUAGUGUCACGCAGAAUGGACCUAUGAGUUUCUCGAAUGAUUUCUAUAGUAGACAGAAUUCUGUAAAUAAUGCUUCACAAUCAUUCCAGAACAAUCAGCUUUUCUCCCCAAGUGCAGGAAGAUCAUCUGAUGGGCGUCCACCACAUGCACUUGUCAAUUUUGGAUUUGGAGGAAAGCUUAUUGUUAUGAAGGAUGACAGUGGUUCUCUCCAGAGUUCAUCAUUUGGAAGUCAGAAUGGAACUGGAGGAAGCUAUAUCUCUGUCUUAAACUUGGCAGAAAUUAUUACUGGGAGUGCCUCUUAUUCAACUCUCGGGGAAAACUCUUUGAGCUACUUCAAUUGUCUGGAUCAACAAUCUAUUCCAGGUCCCUUGGUAGGAGGAAAUGCUGGAAGUAAAGACUUACAUAAGUGGCUUGAUGAGAAAAUUUUGAAUUGUGAAUCUUCCAACAUGGAUUUUUCAAGAGGGAAACUUUUAAAGAUGCUCCUUUCUUUGCUAAGAAUAUCUUGUCAGUAUUAUGGGAAACUCCGGUCUCCUUUUGGUACUGAUGCAUCGCAAAAGGAAACGGACUCUGCUGAAGCUGCCGUAGCUAAACUUUUUGCAAAUGCCAAGAAAGAUGGUGUACAAAAUGGUUAUGGUCCUAUUAGCCAAUGCUUACAGCAUUUACCACCUGAAUCACAAAUGCAAGUAAUUGCUUCAGAGGUUCAGACUCUUCUGGCUUCUGGUAGGAAGAUGGAGGCUCUCCAGUGUGCACAAGAAGGUCAUUUAUGGGGACCAGCACUUGUUAUCGCGGCACAACUUGGGCAACAGUUCUAUGUUGACACUGUGAAACAAAUGGCCCUUCGUCAGCUGGUUCCCGGGUCACCUUUACGAACAUUAUGCCUGCUGGUUGCAGGGCAACCAGCUGAAGUUUUCUCAACUGGAAGUACAAGUGAUCUCUCUUUUCCUGGUUCCAUAAAUGUGCAUCCACAGCAACCUCAGUUUGGAAGUACUAGCAUGCUUGACAGUUGGGAAGAAAACUUGGGUAUAAUAACUGCUAACAGAACAACAGAUGAUGAGCUUGUCAUUACUCAUCUUGGAGAUUGCAUGUGGAAAGAAAGGGGCGAGAUAAUUGCGGCGCAUAUUUGUUAUUUAAUUGCGGAUAAGAACUUUGAUCCAUACUCUGAAAGCGCCAGACUCUGCCUUGUUGGAGCGGAUCACUGGAAAUAUCCUCGAACAUAUGCAAGUCCAGAGGCUAUACAGAGAACAGAGUUAUAUGAAUACUCUAAGACGCUCAUUCCAAAACAACUCAUCGGGUUAUGA